AAAUAUAUAUUCAUGAAGUGGGCCCAUUGUCACUCUCUAUAUAUAGAAGUUACAUGCCCACCAUAACUCUCAUCACAAAUCUCACUCUCUGUGUCAUCGCAUGUUUUCUUCAUUGGAGGAAAGUCCCGCUAUGUUGCCGGAGCUUGUUUCUUGAGUUAACGUAUCAAACUCAAAAAGAGCACUCCUUGCUUCCCAGCUCAACCUUCACCUUGUCUUUGUUGUUUUAUAGAGGCAAAAGCACUCUCUCCUUGCAUAUCCUCUCUGUUUUUAGUGCCUGGAGAACAAAACUCCCUGUCUCGCUCAAUCUUUUCCCUCCAGUAACUUUUACCAUGCCUUCAAGAUCAUUGGCAGACGCCUUUAGAUCCCACCCCGUCCAUCUACACCAAAAGCACCUUGACUUUUCCACUCUUCAAGAAAUACCUGACUCACACAAAUGGACCCAACUUGAUGAUAUUGAACAACAACAUCCUUCAGUUGAAUCCUUCAUCACGGAAUCUGUCCCCGUUAUCGAUCUCUUAGAUCCUAACGUCCUUCAAAACAUAGGCAAUGCAUGCAAAACUUGGGGUGUGCUUCAUGUCACAAACCAUGGCAUCCCUAUUAGCCUUCUUGAGAACGUUGAGAGUGUUAGUAGCAAGCUUUUCUCUUUACCUAUCCAGCAAAAACUCAAAGCAGCUAGAUCACCCGAUGGUGUUUCUGGCUAUGGUGUGGCUAGGAUUUCUUCAUUUUUCUCCAAGCUCAUGUGGUCAGAGGGAUUCACCAUAGUUGGUUCUCCACUUGAGCACUUUCGCCAACUUUGGCCCCAAGAUUACACCAAAUUCUGCGAUGUAAUUGAAGAACAUGAGAAAGAAAUGCAAAAGCUAGCAAGGAGGUUGACAUGGUUAAUGCUGGGCUCAUUGGGUAUAACCAAGAAAGAUUUAAACUGGGCUGGACCGAAAGGUGAAUCCAAAGAAGGUGGUGCAGCCUUGCAACUGAACUCCUACCCGGCUUGCCCAGAUCCAGAUCUGGCAAUGGGUCUUGCUGCACACACAGACUCCACUCUGCUGACCAUUCUUUACCAGAACAACACAAGUGGAUUGCAGGUGCUAAAAGAGGGAAUUGGGUGGGUCACCGUCCCACCAAUCCCAGGCGGGCUUGUUGUCAAUGUAGGGGACCUGCUCCAUAUCCUAUCAAACGGGUUGUACCCUAGUGUGCUCCACCGAGCGGUGGUUAACCGAAACAAACACAGAUUAUCCAUUGCGUAUCUCUACGGGCCACCAUCAACUGUUCUAAUAUCACCCAUACAAAAACUUGUAGGCCCAAAUCAUCCUCCUCUCUAUCGCCCAGUCACUUGGAAUGAAUACCUUGUCGCGAAAGCUAAGCAUUUCAACAAAGCAUUAUCAUCGGUUAGGAUUUGUGCUCCUCUAAAUGGACUAGUUGAUGUAAACGAUCAUAAUAGUGUAAAAGUUGGUUAGGAGAUGAGUGAUCACUUUUUACAAGUAACUUCAAUUUUAUCCUGAAGUUUACACCCCCC